CGUCAACAAAGGUCAGUCUAGUCUCUGCCUGCAUUUGUCAUCUAGGUGGCCUCGACUAUGUCGUUGAAGCUUCCUCUGCCGCCGGGGUUCUUCCAGUGCCCGCCGCUGUCAUCGGAAGAGAAUGCUCGGUACAUGGAGAUUGCCAAGCAGAGCGUGCAAGACUUGGUGGCCAAAGCCCGCAUCAAGGACGGGCCCGUCAAGUGGACUAUGCUUUCAAACGAGUGUGACUUGAAGGUUUACAAGGGUGAAGGUCAUGGGACGACGGCGAACAGCGACAUCCACUGCGCCACGAUGGAAACCGUCGGCCACUUGGACGAAGUCAUGCGACUGUAUCGAACCGACACGACCGAACAAGCCAAAGAAUAUGUCCAGCGGUUCAGCCGCGCGCUGGUUGACACGAUCACGCUGUACACGAUCUUGCCCCGGCAUCCCGAUCGCCCCAACAACUGCAUUCAAAUCAAGUGGUUCGUCGCCAAGAGCCCGUUCGACGGCCUCGUCACCAAGCGCGACUUUUGCCUUCUUGAGUCGGAUUUGGAAUUUGAAGUCAAUGGCAAACGGGCGUGGGUACGUGCAUACAAGUCUGUGGACCUGGCAUGCGUGCCAGAUUUGCGCCAGACGCUGAACCUCAUUCGGGGGUACCAGUACGACAUGGGUCAUGUCUUCAUUGAGUCGGACCGACCGGGAUACUUGGACAUGACGUACCUCGCCGACAUGGACGUGAAGGGUAUCGUUCCCGACUGGGCUAACGACCAAGCUGUCAUCCAAUGGUGCCGUAACCUCUCUGACAUCGAUCGAUUCCUGCGCGAAGAUCGUCUGAGUGGAUCGCCGUUCCUGCGCCCCGACCAACUAUGUCCGCUGAGCAUGCGCAAGCGAUGCUAUCUGUGUCAGAAACGGUUUGGCCCCCUGCGCAAAAAAUCCAACUGCGCCAAGUGCGGCGAGGUUCGCGCUUCCUACAACCAUCCUGACCCCUGCCUGACGAGAUUGGACUUUUCGUUCUUAGGUACUAUGCCACAAAUGCAACAAGGUGUGGCAGGUCAAAGUAAAUGGCACCGCUGCAAUGGUCAAGUGCUGCUUUCCUUGUUCGCUGAAGGGGUCGUCGAUAGCGAUCGGCGUGGGGGCCGGCCCUUCGAAGGGCCACCUUGUACGGAAUGCCAACGAAGGCGAAGACGUUAUCACUCUGCACUCGGACCCAGCGAGUCCCCAGUGGGGCGCCGAGUCGACAUUUGACGGGUCAGCAUCCCACUGCACCUCGGACGACCAAUCCAACUAUAGCGAAUCGAUGGCCGGGUCGUACUACAGGCAAGUUGUGCCGCCAUACUAUUCCGCCACCCCCCCUUCGAGCUCCGGUAGCAGCGGGAUGCACCUGAACCACCCCCGUUACCAGCAACCCCGCACCCCCGCCUGGUCCACGAGCUCCUCCAGUCAGAAAGUACCCCACUCGCCAACGCGAGACCCUAUCAUUCUUGAGUAAACUUCACGUGGGCAUGGCUUGGUGCUGUUUGCAAUAUCGAUCGCGCAGAAUUCGUUAUGUACUCGAGUGAAGGGCUGCGCACGUGCACGUGAACGACAAGCGUGCAAUAACGAUGUCAAAGCCCCGACAUUAAUCACAUUACCAG